AUGGCAGCCAGUGAAGCAAAUUAUCCAUUGGGCUCACCUCAACAGCAUAUUGAUAUGUGUAAAACCCAUGCUUUACCAAUGGAUCUUAUAUGUGAGGAUUGCAAUGAAUUUAUAUGUGGUCAGUGUGCCAAAAUAGAUCACAGAGAUCAUGACUGGAAAACUUUACUCACGGCCGCCAACCAAAGAAGGAGAGGUCUGCUUAAAUUUCUAACAAAGAUUAAGGAUGAGGAACUCCCCGGCAUUGAUAAAAAGAUCGAGAAGAUUUCAAAACAAAUCACAGAAAAUGUAGAACUGUGUGACUCUGAGAUUAAAAAGAUUCAGAAGCAUUGUGAAGAGAUAAUAGCCAGGCUGUCAGAGAUCAGGAAACAUACUGAACAAAGAUUGAGAGAUGAUUUGGAAGAAAAAUAUGAAAAAUUGAAAAGUAAAAAAUAUGAGCUCCACAAAAAGAAGAAAGAAAUUGCCGACACAGUUAAGUUCAUGGAAGAUAACAAGAGUGACAUGUCAGAUUACAGCUUGAUUGACAACCACAGAGAACUGACACAACUGCUGUCUGACCUGAAUGUUGAUAUAAAGAUUGACAGUAAACAAUCAGUUAGAUACAGUAAAGGAAAAAUCAGUGAUGAGGUACUUAAAAAUCUGAUUGGAAAGACUCUGGAUUUAAAUAAAAUUAGUUUGACUGAAACAAGUUCGUUUAAAUAUGGAGAUAGAGGAAUAGCUUUGUUGGGGACAUAUUGCAAAGAUGAGUGUUUCAUAAGACAAAUUGAAUCAGUUUAUACUGAACAAGUAAACAAAGAAGGUGAGAAAAAAAGAAAAUAUAACAUCAAACCUAAUACCAUAUGUGUGACUGAUAAUGGUGAUGUUUAUUGUACUAACUUUGAUAACAAGUCCAUCAGCCGUCUGUCACCAUCAGGAUCUGUCUCUACAGUCAUCAGUACAGAUCCACUGGGACCAUUAGGAAUCUGUCAGUCAGUGGACGGUGGACUACUGGUCACCUUGGUAAACAGUGAAUCAGAUCGUUACAAAUUAGACUCACACAGCAGACGUCUGGUGAGACACAACACAGUAACAGGUGAUGUCAUCCAUGAGUAUGAGUACCAGGAAGACGGUCAGACCAGACUGUUUACAUAUCCAGUCAGAGUCACACAAAACAUCAAUGGUGAUAUCUGUGUUGUAAACAGUACAAGUGAAACUGCACGAGAUCUAGUGAUUAUGUCUUCCUCUGGUCGUAUAAAAUCUGUCUACCAUGGACAGAACCUGACAGAGGACUUUUGGCCAGGUGAUGUAGUGUGUGACACUCUCUGUAACAUCCUUGUUACAGACCCACCUAAUAAACAGAUACAUCUGCUGAGUCCUGAUGGGGAGUUCCUGAAGUUCUUAUUGACAGACAUUGAAGUGAACCAUCCACUCUCACUGUCCCUACACAAGUCUACACUGUGGGUAGGAAACUGGGAAGGACUAGUCAAAGUAUUUCAAUACACACUAUAA